AUGCCUAACUCGAGCGAGCAGUCGCAUUUUGGUGGCUCUCUGGGCCAGCGUGGUCCUGAAUGGACUGAAGGCCAGAACGACAGGGCUGCAAGUCGCUGUCACUACUGUGGCAACAUUGCAGGGCGUAGGAAUUCUUUGGCACUGGGUGGAGGAGACAGUGGACUGUGCUUUCACCUAAAUCUUGGUGCGAAGCAGGAUCCAGUGCUCCAGUCCUCCCCGUACAGGCAGAUCCAGCAGGACCAGCAUGUGCAGCAGCUACUAAGGAAGAACUCUGUGCCUGAUCUGAGCGGCAGCCUCUACCUCAGGCAAGUGAUGGCAGGCCGGGCCUCUGCACCACCUCAGGAUUACUACCUGGCUGAUGCUACCUUAUCUGGUCAGCCACUCGAAGAGUCUGGGUUUUAUAGGGAUAACCAGCACCUGCUCACCAGAUCAGCCUUGCAUUAUGGGCCCAGCGUUGGGGGGGUGAGGCCUACCUGGGAUCAAGGACAGGCAAGGGCCACACCUUCCGUGCUGGCCUCUGCUUCCACACCUACCCCCGCGCCUCCUCCUCCUCCUCCUCCUCCACCUCCUCCCCCGCCUCCACCGCCACCUCCUCCCCUUCCCGUUCAUGAGCUGAGCCGUUUGUACAGGGAAUCGCUGGGAUCUAAGAUGAUCCCAGACGUCCAGCGUAUUGGUGGCAGCUCUCCCUCUCCUGCAGUCUACGGGGUUCAGCCCCCUCUUCCGUUUUACGCUGCUGAGCCGCCGUCUCUCUCUGCGCGCCAAGCUUAUAACAAUAUCAACAGCUUGUCCCUGGACCACCGCCAGCCAGCUGCCACCAGUUCAGUGGUGGACCCAGCUUCUCAGGGAAUGGACGGCGCUCUCCCCCGGGCUUAUGGAGCUAUAGCCUCCCAGAGGCUGCCUUAUGACCCAAACUAUGACCCCAGCUCAGCCAUGGUGGCUGCCACAGCUGGAAUGACCUCUGGCUUGCCUCCUCACCAUCCCAGCGCUGCAGACCCCAAGAAGAUGGUGGACCCUGCCUUUUUGUCUUUCCUGCGAGCUGAAGGCUUGGCGGAGAGUACGAUCACUCUCCUGCUGCAACAUGGCUUUGAUUCCACCGGCACACUGGGAAUGAUGGAGGAUCAUGAUGUCCGCUCUGUGGCCCCUAACUUGGCCCAGGCUCGUGUUCUGUCCCGCGUGGUGCUUGGUUGCAAGGCAGGCAUGCCGGUCACACGUACCCGAUCCAACAGCUUCAGCCACCGCAAUGACCUCUACAUGCAGCCCCAGGGUUUGACCAUGGACCCCAGCCUGAUGCAGCAACCUCCCACCACCAUCCAAACUGUGUCCCCCAGGAUGGGCGAGUUUCUUGGUAGAAGACCCAGCAGCGCACCCUCCCAACACCUCCUGGAGACCACCACCUACCCGGGAGCACGGACCCUGGCUACUGGAGCUUUUCCAGUCAGCCCUGGAGGAUAUAGUGGUGGUAUGACUCAGGCAAGACCCCUCACCAUGUACAAUGCUCACACAGGCCUUGCAAUGUCUGCUCUUGGACAACAGCCUCCACCAGCUCCAGGCACCCCUGGAGCGGCGCCCAAAACCUUCUCUGGCUCCUUUUCCCCGAUGGAGCUGAUGAAGAGAGCCCCCAACCUUCCCCCAGCAUCGCCUGUCGGAGCGCCAAGCCCCCUUCACAGCCCCCAGCUUCUCCGGAAAGGGAUCAGUGCUGCUCCUGAGAGUACCAUUGUUCCUGUAACUUCUUCCUCCACUCUUCAAGCUCAAAACCUUAACAACACCAAGAUGGUAGGACGUCGUACUGGUCCACCAGUCAUAGUCUCAACCAUGGCCACCACACCCGACACAAGUAUUCGGCCCCAAAUCAUGAACGGGCCAAUGCAUCCGCGCCCCCUGGUGGCGCUGCUGGACGGGCGCGACUGCACCGUGGAGAUGCCCAUCCUGAAAGACUUGGCUACUGUCGCCUUCUGCGACGCUCAGUCCACGCAGGAGAUACACGAGAAGGUGCUCAACGAGGCAGUGGGGGCCAUGAUGUACCACACCAUCACCCUGACCAGAGAGGACCUGGAAAAGUUCAAAGCCCUGCGCAUCAUCAUCCGCAUCGGCAGCGGCUACGACAACAUCGACAUCAAGGCUGCCGGAGAGCUGGGCAUCGCCGUGUGUAACAUUCCCUCGGCAGCCGUGGAGGAGACGGCAGACUCCACCCUGUGCCACAUCCUCAACCUUUACCGGCGAAACACCUGGCUCUACCAGGCUCUCCGGGAGGGCACGCGGGUCCAGAGCGUGGAGCAGAUCCGCGAGGUGGCGUCCGGCGCCGCCCGCAUCCGCGGCGAGACCCUGGGCCUCAUCGGCUUCGGUCGCUCGGGCCAGGCCGUGGCGGUGCGGGCCAAGGUCUUCGGCUUCAACGUCAUCUUCUACGACCCCUACCUGCAGGACGGCCUGGAGCGCUCGCUGGGCGUCCAGCGCGUCUACACCCUGCAGGACCUGCUCUACCAGAGCGACUGCGUCUCCCUGCACUGCAACCUGAACGAACACAACCACCACCUCAUCAACGACUUCACCAUCAAACAGAUGCGUCAGGGUGCGUUCCUGGUCAACACCGCGCGGGGAGGCCUGGUGGACGAGAAGGCCCUGGCCCAGGCGCUGAAGGAGGGGAGGAUACGCGGAGCCGCCCUGGACGUUCACGAGACGGAGCCCUUCACUUUUGCUCAGGGCCCACUGAAAGACGCUCCGAACCUGAUCUGCACGCCGCACACAGCCUGGUACAGCGAGCAGGCCUCCCUGGAGAUGAGGGAGGCGGCCGCCACCGAGAUCCGAAGAGCCAUCACGGGCCGCAUCCCGGACAGCCUAAGAAACUGCGUCAACAAGGAGUUCUUCGUCACCACGGCACCAUGGGCUGUAAUGGAUCAACCGGGCGUUCACCCUGAGCUCAACGGGGCCGCCUACAGAUACCCGCCCGGCGUGGUUGGAGUGGCUCCGGGCGGCAUCCCGGGGGCGUUAGAGGGCAUGGUGCCAGGUGGGGUGCCCAUCGCCCACACCCUGCCCUCUGGUACACACCCCUCCCAGGCCCCGUCGCCCAACCAGCCCUCCAAACACGGCGAGACCAGAGAGCACCUCACCGAGCAAUAGCAGCAGAGGGGAUUCAAAACGGCAACAUCUCACCCGACCCGUCGACUCUCAGAACCAACCAAUCACAAAGCGACCGACCAACUGGGACCAAAAGACAGUGAAACAACACAAGCGGCUGCCUGUAAAGUCAGUCAGCGUCUGGGAACAAGACCAGUGUUCCGGGGGAAUUUGUACUUUUAACGUUUUAGUUUUUACUCUCUGUCUCUUUGGGCUCAGUACCGACUUUACUCUUUGAUGAUGUUUUUUUUUUUGUUUGUUUUUUCGGGACAUGCCUAUGAUUGUGGACACAGAGUCCAGUGUUUUUAGCGCUCCCGGAUUACCCAAUGAGACUCUGUCCCACCCCCCACCCCCCCUACACCUCAGAGCUCAUGGGAAACGUAGGCCCACAUCUCAACACACCUAUGGGCGAACAAGAGAAAAAACUUUGGCAUCUUGUGCUACUGGACCUUAUCCCCUCUCCCCCAGCUCCCUCCUGAUCCCUCCCCACCUCUCCCCCACCCAGCUCCAACCCUCCUUAUGUAACUAAUGUGUGUUGUUUAGGCCCCUCAUUAUGCCUCAGAAGAGAAUUAUUAAUUUUUUCUUUCAAUCUUUAGUGUGAAUGACUAAAAAUGGAUUAUUGACUUAUAUAUAUUUAUCAUUCGUCAAAUAAAAGGAAAAGAUUGCUCAUCAGUUAUAGUAAUCUAGAGUGGGUUUUAACCCUUUCCUGGCAAUAAUACAUACAGUAUGACGGCUGUCUCAGCUGCAGUUACAGGAUUUCGCCACUCGAGGGCACUUCUAACACAGUGUGAGGGAUUUCCUCUGCACCCGUGACCAUUAACAGCAUAAGUCGCUCCAGUAUAUCUGAUUAUUUUUGUAAGCUGUCGGUAGAAAACACUACACAUUCACUUUAUACAUCUGACUGUAGCUGAAGUUUGAGGUUCUCUGGAUUUAGAGGGCGCCGCCAGCUGAGUGUUGAACUUUUCUUUUUAGCUGUUGGCGUCAGUGUGACUGCGAGCUGGGAAGGAUUUCUUUCAGGAUCAGAAAGAAAAUAAUGAAGCUAGUGCGACUGCAUCUGAUUCUCCUGUUGACAAACGGAUAUUUCUCAUCGAUCUCAUCUUUGCGUCAGUGGCGCACACUUCGCGACCCCCCACCGCCGCCGCCCUCGCUUCUUUGAGCACAUUUCACACUGAAGACAGGAAAGGGUUAAAGCAAACUUCAUUUCUUAAUGACUCAGGAAAACACUUUUUUGCAGAUAUUGUUUAUUCCCAGAAUUUUGUCUUUGAGGAAAAAAAAAAGAUAAGACUAAUCUGGUUAGUCUGGAUAUUUUCUCUCCUCCCUCUUCCUCUCCAUUGUGGUAUUUUUAUAUACAAGGCGCAUCCCACAUUUUUGGUGUUAAAGAGUUUUGAAGAGUCCUGUUAGAUUUGUAUUGCCUAGUUAAAUGUUCCUAUAACCAUAGUCCUAUGUGAUCCGCCCUCUCUCUUCUCUCCUUCUUAUAUUUUCUUUGUUCUAUUGAAGGCCAGGUUCUUUGGGGCAUCCUGUACUCUGUAAGAGCAAUAGCAGAAACUCCUACUUAGUGUCCCAACAAUAGCAGAAGAGGCAGCCAGCAGUAUGUUUUUGUUUUUAGUGUGAGUAUUUGUAUUUGUUUCUUGUACAAGGUGAACAUUUAGCAUUCAGUGCAGUUCAAAUAAAAGAUGCGAUUCUGA